CGGCGAUGAAGAAGGACGACUCCUACCGAACCCGAGACCAACUCACUUCCAAAUGGAGCCACAUCAACAAAAAAGUCCGAAAGUUUAUGGGAGUUUACGAGGAAUGCUUCCAGUCCCGGAAGAGCGGCAUGAACGACACCGAUGUUUUACGGCUUGCCACAACCCGGUAUCAAGACGACGGGAACCAAGGCAAGGUGCCCAUCGAUCUUUGGAGGAUUUUGAGUCGUUCCCCGAAGUGGCAACAACUCAACAAUCCUGACGGCGGAUCGUUCCGAAGAAGAUCCACCGUCGACGCCGAGGUUGAGGUCGACAAGACUAUCAGUUCUACCGAUCAAAUUCCUUCCUUCAACCUUGCGGAUUCCGAUGACAAGAACUCCAUUCCACGACCGAUCGGAAGAAAGAAGGCAAAAUCCAUUGCCUCCAGUUCGAGAGAGUCCGCCUCUGUUUUCGCUUCUCCACGCGACGAAAUCGACCGGGCAAUGAUUGAACAAUUUCAGGCGUUCAAUCUCCAGGAACAAGAGAGGAUGAAGCUAAAGAGAAGGAGUUGAAGCUAAAGGAGCAAGAGGCCAAGAUGAAAGUCAUGCAAACCGACCUCAGAACGUUAUCAGAGUUUGGACUAAUGAUCUACGAGCAAAAAAUAAGAAUCAAGGAGAAAUAUAAUUUAUCUUAGUUUUUUUUAUUAAUACAUGGAAUUAUCAUCAUAGGCAAAUCACUGAAAAAUAUGAAUCUCAAAACAAGAGGAAAAUAUGUUCAUCGUCAGAUUUGAGAUGAAUUGUCAGCAGAUGGAAGCAUCAGACAGGGAUAACUGUAAAAUUCAAUUUAUCAUCACCCGAGGAAGAAGAAUUCCGAUGCGAAAAGAUUUCAGAGGAACACGAUUGCAAAACGGGAACACCGAAUCAAGAACUAUAUCGAUC